AUGGCUGUAGAGAAUGCGUUAUCUGUUGUUACGUCCACGAACCGCAUACCGAAUCCUCCACGUCAGAAGCAAUUCAAGCAUCGAUCUAAGACAGGUUGCCGUACCUGCAGGACACGUCGUAUCAAGUGCGAUGAAACGAAACCUUCCUGUAAGAAAUGCGUAUCUACUGGACGCCAGUGCGAUGGCUAUGGUUUCUGGUCUAUCACAUAUGACGCCAAGAUCGACACGACUACUGUGGUCAAGAGCCCCCUUUUGGCAGAUGUAUUCCAAGGGCUCUUACCUAUUGACAUGCGAUUUGAUAAACAGGAAUUCGAUUGCUUUGAAUACUUCCGGCUCAUAGGAUCGAACAAGCUUAUCGGAUCAUCUCCAGGCAACUUCUGGAAGCAGAUUGUCCCGAAAUUCUGCUUAAACAACCGCGCCAUUUUACACGGCGUGGCGAGUCUGGCUACUCUGCAGCGUGCACAGGAGCACGUCGAUGAUGAGAGCUACUCGCGCCUAGAAAAGGUAUCACUAUGGCAUUACAAUAAGUCGAUUCGGCUGCUGCAACCCUUCUUCCAAUCCAAGGACUCUGAGCAUGAAAGUCUCCAGACAAUUCUUGUAUCAUGCAUACUCUUCAUGUGCAUCGAUAUUGCUCGCGGCUCAUGUGUCACGGCCAUAGCCCAUCGUGAGGCAUCCAUAGCGCUUGUCAAGACAUACCCAUCCAAAAUAUCACGGGCUGAGCGAGUCCCAGCUUCUAUCGACAAAGAAAUUCUGUUAGCAGUUGUCCGCAUGAAUCUGCAAUCUUGUAUACUAGGCUAUCCAGAUAUUCAUACGAUCCCGUGGAGUUAUACUAACCUCCAGGACCUGAAAUAUCUCACGCGCUUUGCCAGUCUCCAGGAAUCGUCGGAGGUCAUCGAGUCGAUUCAAGGCCAGAUCUUUACUUCCUAUCGGCUACUCUGGACAAUCGACGGCGUAUGCACGCCCUGUCGAGAGGGUAUCAGCGCUUCCAGGAAAUCAGAAUUACAGGUGUUCCUCGCACGAUGGCUCUUGCUCUUCAAUGACAUGAUUGACGACCGACGCCGCCUGAAUCCUAUAGAAAGGUCUAUCGCCGUGCGUGUAUCACGCAUGCGAUAUAUCAUGACAUACAUUUGGUUGUCAACCAUGCCUGAAGAGGACACCAUUUUAGACGAGAUGGUCUACGACGAUUACAACCCCGAGUUUCAAGCAAUCAUCGACGAGGCGGUGACAUUGGACGAAUACGUCAGUCCGCCACCGUGUUAUUCGAACCCGAGAGAGUCUCGAAAGAAGUUUGUUAUGGGAUCAGGAAUUAUACCUCCAUUGACUGUCACCGCCAUGAAAUGCCGCAACCCAUCGAUUCGCCGUAAGGCCAUUGAUUUUCUAGCGAGGACUCGGUUCAGCGAAUGUCUUUGGAAUGGCGCAGUCACUGCUAGCAUCAUGCAGAAGGUAGUCGAACUUGAGGAAGGUGACUUCUAUGAUAUUCAUUGCCAUCCUGCCGCUGAGAAUAAGCUGAAGACCCCCAAGCCCUGCAACUUGCUUGAUCUGAGAAAAGGUCAGACGCAUUUUAAGAACACCUUACCGCUGCCGAACACGAAACGAUUCCGGCAUGUACAGAUCUUCAGCGACGCCGAACUGCCAAUAUCUACACCAGAGACAUCUCAUUGUACCGCAACCUGCAAAGGCUGGAGGGGCCGCGAGUGCUGCGCGUCGAAGAUUACAGUGGACGAUGUCGCCGUGCAACAGUCCAAGCAGAGCUCUGCCAAGAGAACACCAUCGAAAAGUUACGUCUUUCUGUAA